AAUUUUUUUUGCGCGAUUCACCAGACUUUUCAAACCUCUUCUGACGGACUGAUUAAGCAUGAAAUCAAAGAAGGCUUUAUAUUGUUUGAGUUUCCUGGUUUAUGCUUCCACUCUAGUUUUCUAUCUGCUGUGUCCCAUUCUCUUUUUUGAAGGGCUUGGAUCAGAAGAAAAGGCGUUCAAAACAUGGAUCCACAAAACCUAUUCGAGCAAUUUAGAUUUGGAAGCCGUUGAAGAGUCUUCAAAUGCCUAUGCAAAGUUCCAAAAAAUGUUAAGUUCAAACAUAUCCAAGCAGGAAUGGUCUAACCAAACUUCUGAUUGGAUUUUGAGUCACGCACGUCGAUUGCUGCCUAAUGCGAAUGUGGAGAAAAUACCAUUCGUGGUCAGAGAAGGAUCUGAACACGUAAUGGGAUGGAAUAUUCAAAUUUCUCCGAGUCUUAUUCGCUUCUCAAAGACAAAAGCGGUAGUGAUUCAAGCAAAAUAUAGCAGGCAGUCAAAAAAUUUACCGACCUUUCUUCUCUUGGUUGAGGUGUAUUCUGUUUUGCAAACCCGUCUGUUUGAGAAAUCUCUCAUCUACGUCAUAACCCCAGCAAACUACGGACGAGACGCUUUUGAUGCUUGGCUCAGUUCAAGAUUGGAUUCUUUUUUCUAUCUUGAGCAACUUCAUACCAUUCGUUCUAAAUUCUCCAAUUCGAGUCUAGAUCCAAUCAAGAUGGAUAGAGUUCCUAUGAUCUAUUCUAUCGUACAUCUGGACCAUUUAUUUGCGGAAAAAUAUAACGACAUCAAUUUGAAGAUGAUGAGCGAUUAUGGCGUUUUACCUAAAUCAGACCUUAUAUACGCCUCUAUUUUGUCCUCUGUGAGCAUCGGCGUCCCUAUUCGUAUUGAAGAUUACGGGGAUCCGAAAGGCUUUCAAAACUUCCGCGAGUGGGCUCGAAAUCUGCUCGACAAAUUUCCGGAUUUUGUUUCAAAAACGUUCACCAAGAUUUUCUUUGGUCACCGAUACCACGUCUUCUUCAUUCAGAAUUGGUAUAGAGCUCUGUGCUCGUCAACUGGAUUUCAUUCAAUCGGUAACUUGAAGAAAAUAGAUAGCAUUACCCUGUCGUCUACCCUGUCUUCCCUACCGGUGGGCCCAAAAACGGCAUUUCGCAACUUGUUGUAUAUGGUGGAAAAAAUUACAAGACUUCUAGACGGACUUGUAAAUCCUUGUUUCCAUGGGUCUUCUGGAUAUAUCAUCUUCGAUGGACGCGUUAUUAAAAAUGGUAGUCUUGGCAUCUUACUAUCUCUGGUCUUGAUUGCGUACCUUCUUUGGAUGGCCAAUGUCGUUUUGGUCGCUGACACUUCAAUACUUACAGUAUCUAUAUCAAAACUCAUUUUUUCGUUAGUCAUCCCAAUCCUAAUCUAUGCCCCGUUGUUUAAAAUUCAACUGUCCAUUGCAGCAGUCUGUUACUGGCUAGUAUUCAUCUUCUUAAUACAGCUGUUGUUCGUCGCCAUCAUAUUUCCGAAGUUGGAUUCAUCCUUAUUUGAGCAAUCUUGUUCCAUCCGAAGCUAUUUUGUAUCUUCUUACCUCUCUUUCGCCCCUAUCGUAUCCUUCAUGAUCAUACUGUCAUGUGUCAACACUUCUAUGUCGCUGUUCCUAGUCGCAUGCUAUCCGCUGACCAUAAUCAUGCACUCAUUCAGACCUUCAUACCCAAAACUCGCUCUCCACCUUAUCUUGUCUCCGUUCUCCCUUCUGCUUGCCUUCAACGUCGCCACUGGUCACUCGCCGAUAUACCAUAUAGGUGUACCCGUGUACCGACUCCUAUCUCUUCACUUCACACAUCACAACCCCCUCAUCUAUCUGUUUAUAUUAUACGUCCUACAAAACACCCAAUCACUCUAUGAAACUGUGCACUACUUGUCCGUUUCCCCAACUUUCGUUCCGCGCGCGUCCCCGUCAUGAAUCAAAACUCUGUGCCCUCUCGCACGCGCCAGCCGUGCGCCGAAACCUCGAAUUUAGUGACCGCUCGCCGCGUCCUCAGCGCCUCAUCAGUGCACCUCUAUCUCGAGCAAUACCGCCGAUCACCUCUGUCCAAAAACAAGCACGUGUACGGUUGAUCAAUUGCCUUACACACGCCAGAUGUGUGUAUUGCGUAUUCAGAAAGCGGUCUUCAUUUGAAUUUUUUUUUUGGUUGUUGGUCACGUUCUUGGCUCCGCCUUGAUUCCGUAUCCAGAAGUGUGAGCAGCCUUUUAGCUCUUUGAAGUCUGUCUGCUUUUAUUUUUUGCAUUUGGUCUUUCUUUUCUUCUCUCGACAAAGUGCUCGGCGUCGUCGUCGAAAUCAGUUUGUUAGACUGAUGGAAUUUAGAUUGUUCUUCUUCCAAUUUUUUAAUUACCUGCUCCAAUCCAUUAUAUCGAAACCUAAAGAGAUCUUUGUUGCAUUCAAACAGACCCUUCAACGUCGUCGUGCAAGACCUACGAAUGGAAUAUGAUUGCAUCUCUUCGUAUGAAAGCAAUGCCCGAAGAUCAAAUCGAUCGACCAGCGCGUCUCCAGAUCUGUCAUGCUCAGAUUUGGAUAUCCACUGAACGAGCAUGAAUUUCACUGGAUCUUCUUGUUUCGAUGAUGGUGACAAGCAUGGAUUAUCGGCGUCGUAAAAAACAAGCGGCGUCGCCAAGCCUAAUAAUAUGAUGUGGCGCGAAUCGAUCAAACGAUCAUCCUUACCAAAACGGUUACUAUUGCCUCUUCAAAUAACGAGACAGAGGAAAAAAAAUACGCACUUUGGAGUAGCAAUGCAUGUCUCGAUAUUGGGUCUUUCGCGAAGUCUUCAA